UGUGGACAGCCCAUGCACGAGGGAGUUGCAGCAGGUGACCCAGGAUAACCUACCCAUAAUUCCACUGUUUACCAAUAUGGCCGUCUGCAUCUGAUAUGUUUCUGGCAAUUUCAAGUUGUCUGGGACAGUAGUUUACAUGCACAUCUUUAUGAAGGAGAGGUUGUAAACACCGAAGUCCGGGAUGUUUACGGAGCUGAAUUUACUGUCGCUCACCCUACUGGCGGACACUGUCUCCCAAUCCUUUGGUGCCGAAUUACCAAGCAACUUGGAUAAUGUGCGACGGUAUACAGAGGGUUACAUAUGGGCGCUAUGGCAUAAUAGAUUGUAUAUCUACACCGCUGCAGCUGUGGUUGUGGGUGUCUGGUUUGCUCUGAACCUGGCGUUGAAAAAGAAAAAGAUCGUAAAGCCUGUGAGUCCAUGGCGUUACCAAACAGUGGAAACAAAAACGUAUCCAAAAGUGGAAACAAAAAAGUAUCCCUUGAAGGAAAAAACGAAAAAUGUGUCUGCCGUGAAGAUAUUUUAUGGAUCUCAAACUGGAACAGCAAAGGGAUUUGCAAGAGAUCUUGCAGAAGAUGUUACGGGUCUUGGACUUGAAUCUGAGGUGAUUGAUUUGAAAGAUUAUGACCCAGAUGACAGGCUGUCAGAUGAGUGUACGAGCAAAGCGGUCUGUGUGUUCCUGCUGGCCACCUAUACGGAAGGGAAGCCCACGGAGAAUGCAGAGUGGUUCUGCAAGUGGCUGGAGGAGGCCUCCACAGACUUCAGAUACGGCAAAACCUACCUGAAGGGCCUGAAGUACGCAGUGUUCGGACUGGGGAACUCCGUCUACGAGGACCACUACAACACGGUGGGCACGUCGGUGGACAAGUGGCUGUGGAUGCUGAGCGGCUCGCGGGUGCUGACGCGUGGCGAGGGCGACUGCAACGUGGCCAAGAGCCGGCGCGGCAGCGUGCAGGCCGACUUCGCCGCCUGGAAGACUCGCCUCCUGAGCCGGCUGAAGGCCCUCGCGCGCGGCGAGAAGAAGCCCUGCAGCGGCAAGUGCAAGAACGGCACCUGCAAGAACAACAAGAAGAAGAAACAGCAGCAGCAGCAGCAGCAGCAGCAGCAGGGUGCAGCAGGGGAGCCUGGGAAAUGCUCCAGCGAGCAGAAGCAGCAGUACAGCUCUGAGGAGGAGCUGGUGGAGUCUAGCAGUGAGGGGGAGAGCAGCGGGGACGAGGGUCCAGGCCACGGCUCCGUCAUCGACAUGGAGGACCUGGGCAACGUCAUGACCCACUUCAAGAAGGCCAAGCAGAAGAAGGAGGAUGGGGAGGACAGGCAGAAGGUCAGGCUGUCCAAACUGAGUAAUGGGAGCGUGGCGGUGGAGAAGAGGAGGAAGCAAGGAGGAGGGGGAGAGGAGGAAGAGGCGGAGGAGGUGGAGGUGGAGGUUGAGGAGGAGGAGAGGAGGGAGAUGAUCACACCGGCGCUCCGGGACGCUCUGACCAAGCAAGGGUAUAAACUCAUAGGGAGCCAUUCAGGAGUGAAACUCUGUCGCUGGACUAAGUCGAUGCUGCGUGGGAGAGGUGGGUGCUACAAGCACACCUUCUACGGCAUCGAGUCCCACCGGUGCAUGGAGGCCACCCCCAGCCUGGCCUGCGCCAACAAAUGUGUCUUCUGCUGGAGACACCACACCAACCCCGUGGGCACUGAGUGGCGCUGGAAGAUGGACCCGGCCGAGAAGAUCCUGCUGGAGGCUGUGGAGAACCACCAGAGCAUGAUCAAGCAGUUCAGAGGGGUGCCGGGGGUGCGUGCGGAGCGCUUCGAGGAGGGGCUGGCGGUGAAGCACUGUGCCCUGUCGCUGGUGGGAGAGCCAAUCAUGUACCCCGAGAUCAACGCCUUCCUCCGCCUGCUGCACCAGCAGCGCAUCUCCAGCUUCCUGGUCACCAACGCGCAGUUCCCCGACGAGAUCAGGACUCUAGUUCCCGUCACCCAGCUGUACGUUAGCGUGGACGCCAGUACGAAGGACAGCCUGAAGCGGAUCGACCGGCCGCUCUUUAAAGACUUCUGGCAGCGCUUCCUGGACAGCCUCCGAGCACUUGGCGAAAAGCAACAGCGCACGGUGUACAGGCUGACCCUGGUCAAGGCGUGGAACGUGGACGAGCUGAAGGCCUACUCGGAGCUCAUCGCCCUUGGCCAGCCCGACUUCAUCGAGGUGAAGGGGGUGACGUACUGUGGGGAGAGCUCGGCCAGCAGUCUGACGAUGGCCAAUGUGCCGUGGCACGAGGAGGUCAUCUUCUUCGUCCAGCAGCUGGCCAACAUGCUGCCCGACUACGAGAUCGCCUGCGAACACGAGCACUCCAACUGCCUGCUGCUGGCCCACCACAAGUUCAAAGUGGAUGGCGAGUGGUGGACGUGGAUCGACUACGAGCGCUUCCAGGACCUGGUGGCGGCCCACGAGGCGAGCGGCGGCACCCAGACCUUCUCGGCGUCCGACUACAUGGCCAAGACGCCCAGCUGGGCCCUGUUCGGAGCCGGCGAGCGGGGCUUCGACCCCGCAGACACACGCUACCAGCGCAAGAACAAGACCAAAGACAUCUCGGGCUGCUGACCUGACGAUGACCCUGAAAAACUUGACGAUUCGGCGCCAGCCCACGUCCUCGUGCACUUUGCAUGACUCUCGUGUCGUGAAUCAGGGAAGCUUUCAGAUGCUUACCUUUUUUUUCUUUUUUUUUUUUGGAGAUUGCCACUUUUAUAAAGCCUCUGUCAGCUUCCAGAAUGUCUCCUUGAGUCGGACAUCAGCAUGACUAUAAAACACUGGUUUAACAGCCACUCUCAUGAUGAGCCCGAUGCUUCACACACACACACACACACACACACACACAUACAC